GCGACCCACGACGCUACCGCCAAACAAGGAGCAGAAGAAGAGGAGCGUGCGCAGCUCGCUCAAGAGCCCCGCCCCUCCCGCAUUCCACCCGCAGCCUCGCUCUACGUCGGUUGGACUCCAGUUAGUUGAACCUGCAACAUGGCGGACGACGGUAAAUUGUUCAUCGGAGGACUGAGCUUUGAGACCAACGAGGAUUCUCUUGGUGAGGCCUUCGGCAAAUAUGGAAGCAUCGAAAAAGUGGAUGUGAUCAGAGAUAAAGAGACGGGGAAAUCUCGCGGUUUUGGCUUUGUCAAAUUCGAUAACAGCGAAGAUGCCAAAGAUGCACUGGAAGCCAUGAACGGCAAGACUCUGGAUGGUCGGUCAAUUCGUGUGGAUGAAGCAGGAAAGGGCGGUCGUCCCAGGGGAGGUUUUGGAUCCGGUGGCCCAAGAGGACAGCGAGGAGGAUUUGGCGGGCGUGGGAGAGGUGGACGUGGUUUCUCGAGAGGCGGUGGAUACAAUGGCGACAGGAGCUACGGCGACAGGAGUUAUGGGGAGCGGAGCUUCCAUUCUGAUGGGAGGUUUAGUGGCAACCAGUACAGGAAUAGCAGCAGUAGCGGAGGUGGUGGCGGCGGCGGAUACUCGAGUUACAGAGACAACAGGGCUCACGGCGGAUAUGGCGACCGCGGUACGUCCUACCGCGAUGGAUACGACAGCUAUGCUGCAAACGAGUAAACAUCUCCCUGAUUCAAGAUCAUCACUUGGCUGGCUGUAUUUCAAAGAUGCGCUCCUCAAGAAAAAUGUCCACGUGUUAUUGCUGACCUUAGUUUUGUAGUUCUGUUGUAGUAGCUCGAGCAUCUUAAAAAAAAAAUAAUAAGAAGAAGAAAAGUAGCCAUGAGUUUUGGUCGUUCCUUAACGAACAUGUUACAAAUUACAGUUCCAGUCUCUUACCUUGCUCGAUUGGGCAUCUUUGUUCCUUAAAGGUCGUUUGUUAACUCCAAAGCUCCUGUGUAAUCUAAUUUAGUACUUAAACUCAACCUGAGGACCGAUCAGCUGCCCUCCACAUGGCCACUACCACCGCUGUAGCUUUGUCCAGCACCUACGGUGUUUCCUGAUUUUGAUUCCUUAGUUAUUUUUCUUCUUUUCUUAUAUUUAAAUAUCCGAUGGAAUUUUCCCGCUCAGUCUCAGUGGCUGAACUACCUCUUGCCAGGUUUUAAAGGGAGGGAAGGAAUCUGAAUUACUCAAACUGACUAUUGGGGGAUUUUAUACUAAAUUCCCUUACCAUUUAAAAAAAAAAAAAAGAGAGAGAGAGAGAAACGUCUAGCUGAGGCUCUUGUGUGUUCAAAGAGUGAAUUCCUUUCAGACUGGUGAACUACACACCCGAAGUGGCCGGCUGUCAUGAAGUUGCAAAUUGCAGCAUGCUACAGUCUGUCCCAGGUAUCUUUUGUGCUCUGCUCAACAUCUGCAUUUUAAAUGUGCUGUAAAAUGGACUAAUCUUGUUUAAGUGAUCGAAAAAUGUAACUUCGUUUCCCCAAAGUAAUAUCUAAACCGGGAACAGUUUUGUACUUUAUGUUCUUUGUAUGAUCAAUAUUUUUUUUCUGUCAGUUUGGCUUCAUGGAGCCUAUUAAACAGACUGUGGAAAAUAAUCUUGAUUCUUUUGCCUUUAAAAACUACCGCAUGGGGGUAACUUAGUGUAAUGCUCUAGGCCCAUGUACUGUAAGGCUGCGUGAAAAAAGUAAAUGUUGCACUAAAAGUUCUUUGGAGAGCAACUAAAAAAAUUGUCACCAUCUAAAUCUUGACUGAACAGCGGAUUUAAGCUCUUAAUUGUCUGCAAUCUUAAAGCAGCCGCUGUCCCCGAAAAAAAUAAUGACUUUUUGGCCCGAUGCAGUCUGUUCUUUCAGAAGAAACUCAAUCUGCCCUUUGUGCCAGGCAACCUUAUAGUGCAUUGAGAUCAAACCUCCAGUGAGGCUUGACCAACAAACGCCUAAAGUGGGAAAACAUCAGCUGGUCAUGUUAACGCUUCAUUACGUUCAAGAGGUCAGCCACAUCAAAAACCUACGAGUCCUUGGAGAGUGAAGUUUUGCGCCUUCCAACAAGUGCUCAUCAGAGAGGAAAGCUGCUCUCUUGCCUAGGUCAAAUGUGGAGAAAGUAGGCCAAUGCACGUGAGGUAAAAAAAUCUACUUUUGCUUUGCUCACAUCCUUCCAACUCAGUUCUCAUUGUUUCCAUGAAUACCUUCAAGUUAGUUGUUGUUUUAAGUCCUCUGCUUCAGAUGUCGCCUACAACAUGCCAUGGCCUCUUGCCCGAUUGGAAAAGUUCAUUGAGAAAAUGUUUCUGAGAAGCGCCUCUGGAUUGUAGUGCACAUCCACCCGAGUCCACUGAAAAGCAUUGGCCUCUAAGUCAUGGGUAGUAUCGUGCUCAGUCCACCUCAGUUCACUGCACUAGUCCUCACAUUUGCUCCAGUAACGCCCCGCAGCAGCCCUAAUUGACGUCUAAGGUGUAGACUCUACUCAGUUUUUGUUUUGUACUAUAAAAUAAGUGGUGCGUUUCAGCCUCGAAUAGGGUUGCAUGCAUGAUGUCAUUUGACUUGUCAUGUGUUAAUUGCCAGGCUUACUUCAUCUCUUGAUCUCUCCUCUAGAGUGAACUGGAUGUCAGUGGAUCCCCCCACAGCGGAAGUAUCUGGCUUUAGAUGGCAGUGAUGGCUGCAGAUUCACUUAACAGGUGCUGCGUGCAACAGUGGUGGAUGCUGUGAGCAGCGGCUACAUGGGAGGAGGCGGCUAAACGCUUGAGGCCUUUGACACCUUCCCAUAGCGUGGAAGGUCCCACGUCUUGAGGAAAGACUUAACGGGCGACAUGACGGAGCUGUGUACGCUCACUGUAUACGUCGAUGCUAAUAUUCAAUUAGCCGAAUACGACAAUUCAGUACGACAGCAUUUUGCGGUUUGAACUUUUUGGUACAUUACAAAAUAAAAUUGUUAAAAAUC